AUGAAAGGCAUAGGGGAAAUUGGAGCCUGGGCUGCCACCCCUUCCCCCCGAGAGCCCAUCGGGUCCCUGUUCCCAGCUAGGUUCGGGCUGGAUCUCGGCCAGCUUGGGGGAAGACCAGGAUGUGGGUCCAACCCGCCGGUCGCCCAGGCCUCUUCUCUGGCCUGUGGCUGGUGCUACUGCCAGACCUCCAAGGCUACCCCAACCCCUGGGGUCACCCUGGAACCCAGCCCCGUCCAGAACCCCAGUCGUCUGGGCCCCCGGGGACCGGUGCGGGUGACGGGUGGAAACAUCGUUUGGGUUGGGGGUCAGCAGGAGAGGAAUGCAGGCUGCCUGGGGGCGGAGGGCAGGUUGGCGCGUCAGCUGCUCCGGGAUCUGUUCGCCGACUACACCAGCGCUCUGAGGCCCGUGGCGGACAUGGAUCACACCCUGAACGUCACUCUGGAGGUCACGCUCUCCCAGAUCAUCGACAUGGAUGAGCGGGACCAGGUGCUGACUCUGUACCUGUGGAUCCGCCAGGAGUGGGGAGACGCCCACCUGCGCUGGGCCCUGGAGGACUAUGGGGACAUCGAUUCCAUCCGCAUCCCCAGCAGCCUGGUCUGGCGCCCGGACAUUGUGCUCUACAACAAGGCAGACACGAAGGAGUCAGGCCCGGCGGACACCAACGUGGUCCUGGGCCACGAUGGGCAGGUCAGGUGGGAUGCCCCGGCAAUCACCCGCAGCUCCUGCCGCGUGGAUGUGGCCCUGUUCCCCUUCAACCGGCAAUGCUGCCGCCUGACCUUCGGCUCCUGGACCCACGGCGGCCAUCAGGUGGACAUGCGGGCCCGGGGCGCCUUGGCCAGGCUGGACGACUUCGUGGAGAAGGUGGAGUGGUGCGUGCUGUCCAUGGCGGCCCAUCGCAGCGUGGUCACCUACUUCUGCUGCUCGGAGCCGUACCCGGACGUCACCUACACCCUGCGGCUACAGCGCCGAGCCGCCUUCUACGUCAGCAACCUGCUGCUGCCCUGCGUGCUCAUCUCCCUGUUGGCACCGCUCGCCUUCCUAUUGCCCGCUGCCUCCGGAGAGAAGGUCUCCCUGGGCAUCACCGUGCUGCUGGCCCUCACCGUCUUCCAGCUGCUCGUGGCCGAGACCAUGCCACCCGCCGAGAGCAUGACGCUCAUCGGGAAGUACUACAUCGUCACCAUGACCAUGGUCACGACCUCCACGGCGCUCACCAUCUUCAUCAUGAACCUGCACUACUGUGGGCCUGGGGCCCGGCCGGUGCCAGCCUGGGCCCGUGCCCUGAUCCUGCACCACCUAGCCUGGCUGUUGUGCGUGUGUGUGCCCGAGGGCGGUCCCAAGGAGACCCGAUCCGCCCGGGACCCCGAGCGGGUGGAAGCUGGAGGGCAGGGAUCGUAUGGACAGCCACGCUGCCCGUGUCACCAGGUGGGUCUCCGACGCGACGUAGCUGACAUCGCCCGCUGCUUCCGCAGCCAGCAUGUGGCACGGAGGCGCGGUGGGGAGUGGCAGUGGGUGGCCAGGGUGGUGGACCGCUUCUUCAUGUGGGUCUUUUCCGCCAUGGUCCUGGCCAUGAGCCUGCUCGUCUUGGGCCAAGGCUUGCGACUCCAAGGGGGCUCAUGGGCCAUGGGGUCACCCUCUCCCCAGCCCUUUCUCUGGCCAUGCCACCCCACCAUUGCAAACCGCAAGGACCCCAGCCAACUAGAGAAAGAACUUGGAAAUCACACACCAGACCCUCUGGAAGAUGGUAUGGAGAAGGCAGAGUCUCUGCUCAGGAACGUGGAACAUCUCCCUCCCCCGCACCGGAUAUCCACGUGCCCCUCUCGCCCCUGCUCGUGGCCACCACGGGCUUCUAGUAAAAUCUCUGUGCCCUCACACGCAAACAACAAUCCCUGCCUCUGUGAGUGUCUGCGCAAGUGA